UCAUUACGUAGAGAGCCGCUCAGUCUGUGUGUGCGCAAAGUUUCCUGCGCCUCGACCAUCAACUUCUUCUAUUGACAUGAACGCGCUUCGGCGGCUACCAACGCAGCUUAUGCGGGGAUAGGAAGCCGUGAUCGCGGGUGCGGGAAGACCCGGUCCGGCCCGCAUCUGGAGCUGGAUAAUAUGGGUCAGACAGCUGUGUCUGCCGUGUCUCAGUCAGCCAGCGUUGAUGGCCUAGAGAAAUCAUCUGUGGCCAGCUGUGAUGUGGUGGUGGACAACCCUUCCAAUACCCAGAAUGCCCAUGGGUCACGGCAGCAACGAGGCAAGCUGUCGACGCUGGGUAGGCUGUUCAAACCCUGGAAGUGGAGGAAGAAGAAAACCAGUGACAAGUUCCAGGAUCUCUCCAAAGUUCUAGAGAGGAAAAUCUCCACCAGACAAACUAGAGAAGAGCUCAUCAAGAAAGGGGUCCUCAUCCCUGAGCAAGACGAACCAAUCAGUAGCGAAAAUCUGAACGGCCAUGCAUCAUCCAGUUUGACUCCAGAGGAAGUCAAAGUGGACAUCGAGUCUCCUGAGGGUCGUGUUGACAAACAAGCUGUUGGACCAGUCAGCACAGAGGAAAAACCAUCAGAGAGGUCCGUUACUAAACCCCCUGCCCAGACAACUCAGGUGAGACCUCGAGAUGCUCCAGUUAAAAAACAGCAAAGUACUGCUGUGGCCACUGCUGUCAAAGCUGCUGGUGGCACCACCACUACCACUACUGCAACAAGACACAAAGAAGGUACUCCAGGAGCUAAAAAGACAACUAAAACCACAGGCAAGGCCGGCACAUCUCUGCAGGCUAAAGCUAACCCACGACACACUAACACCACAAGUCGAGGGGUCGCUAAAUCAUCUGCUCCAAAGAAGACAGGAGCUGCAAGUAAAACCACCUCCACUACCACCUCAACUCCUCGUUCUCGGGCAUCCAAGGAUGCAGCGGCCCGUUCUGAAGGGACGGCUCCAAAGACCAACAGGAAAUCAGACACUCCAGGUUCUUCAUCUGAACCUCAGAAAACCUCCACAGAGACUCCUAGUCAGCCUGAGGAGUUAAAAUCAUCUCCAGCCUCCUCAGACAAAAAGCAUCCUUCAUCCAAAACGUCUGGAAGCAAGACAGAGGGAAAUCAGAAUGCUUCUAAACCUGAUCAAGAGCCUAAAUUGGCUCCAGACGACAAUACUUCAAAAGAAGAGACUAACAAGGUUGAAGCUUUUGAGACCACAGAGGAGUCUUCUCAUAUCAACCAGUCUACAGAGGACACGUCGUUCACAGGAGAGAAAAACAACAGUUCACAGGGGGAGACACCUGAAGGGACAGAAAGGGGGGAAGGGGAGGACGUGAAAAAACCAAGAGAAGCAGAUUGUGGUAAAGAGAACGGCUCAAGGUCAACGGAGGAUGAAUCGGAAAAGCAGCCGGGCCAGAGUGUGAAGAUGGAUCAGGUCCAGGUCACGGUUAUCCCUGAUAGGCCAAGAGACAGCCAGACUAGUGAUUCUGAUUCAGAUGGACCAAUCCUGUACAGGGGUGACGAUGACGAUGAAGACGACGAAGAUGAAUACACAAACAACUCUUUGGCCAGCAAGAUCCGCCGCCGAGACACCCUGAACAUUAAGCUGGGCAAUCGACCCAGCAAGGAGGAGUUGGAGGAGAAAAACAUUCUGCCAAGGAGCUCGGAGACAGAGAGACACGAGCUCCGUCAGCAGAUAGGCUCCAAAUUAGUCAGACGCCUGAGCCAAAGACCUACCACAGAGGAGCUGGAGCAGAGAAACAUCCUCAAACAAAAAAACGAAGAUGAGGAGAAAGAGGCCAAGCAAGAGAUUAAAAGGAGACUCACCAGAAAGCUGAGUGUGAGGCCUACAGUGGCAGAGCUGAUUGCUCGCAGGAUUCUGCGGUUUAACGAGUAUGUGGAGGUGACGGACGCUAAGGAUUACGAUCGUAAGGCAGACAAACCAUGGACACGUCUCACUCCUGCUGACAAGGCUGCUAUACGUAAGGAGCUGAAUGAGUUUAAGAGCCGGGAGAUGGAGGUUCAUGAAGACAGCAAACAGUUUACAAGGUUCCAUCGACCCUAGGUGCUCCUACGGCUCUCGCACUUCUCCUUUGUCUACAUCUUCACCUUAUUUCUCUUCAAACCUGUUAACCUCUUUGAAACAGACACCUUGGCCUGUCCUCGCAGGGAGGGCCCAGUUUUCAUUUACAGAAUAGACCGAGAUGGAUGAGUCAGGGUGAUCUCUGUCAAAGGAUAGUGGGAUGUUUAUAAAAACAGUGCCACCAUCGCUCAACUUGACUUCUCCUGAAUACAAAAAAAAGAAAAAUCCAAGAUGUCAUCUAUGAAGAGGAUCUGUUGCUCAUGUUGAUACAUAUUUAUGUCUUUAAUGACAGCUGAAGAAGUGUCUUAAGGCCAAGGCCAUGUUAAGGCACUUAGGAAAUAUUUGCACAUAUCUAUGAUGAGAACAGUGCUGUGUAUAGCUCACUCAGUAGGACCUCUUAUUUAUUGUAGAUUAUAAAACCUUUGGUAUUUUUAUUGUUUUUGUUUAAUCUUUUUUCUCUUGUUCAUUUCAGGCCUUGUAAUGAGAGGUCAGAGUUUGGAAAGAUGAGCAACGUUGCCUUUGUGACUGUGGCUCAGAUACAGAAUGGUGUGCUUGUAAAUGCCCAUAUAUGGGCGUCCUCCUGGAAAAGGAAAUGGGGAUGGUUGGGGGUUUCAGGAUGAUGUCAGUGCCUGUGGAACAGAUUGCUCAGAAGGGUGUGCAGUUUGUUCUGCUGUGAUGUGCCUCACAGUGAAAUACCAUUUUUUUUUUUUUUUUUUUACAUGCUCCAAACUUUGCCACUAGGGGGCAUAAUAUCACAGUGGUUUUAGAUGGGGAUCUAAAGAGUGUGAGGAAGACAGGGAUUGUUCAGUUGCUGCAUAUAAAACUGCUGAAGCUUUUGAAGAAGUGAAAACCAGAAGCUUGAAUAGUAAAGUGUAAAUUAUAUUAGCCUUCUCGAAACUUGCCUCCUCAGCACGUCGUCAGUGUUCAUUUUACGUGAUGUGUCUUAUGCCGAGCUGCUGGGUGCAAACUAGUGAUCACAACACGAGUGGCUUGCUGUUUGGAGGAGCUACAGCUUCUUUCAAUUGCAGUUUUACAUUUAAAUCCUCUCGCUGGGGCGUCUCAUUUAGAGGAGUCUUUGCCAAAUAAGAUGUAGGAGUUUAAAUCUAAGUUGUCUUUCAAUUGAAAAUGUAAGAUUUUUUUCUAUAAAGUAGGUUUUGAAUCUGGCCAAUAAUGGAGCCACUAGAAAGCUAUGUUUACCAGAGUUUCUAGUCUUUCAAGUCAGGGCAAAAUGUUUUAUUUUACCAUCUUUCAGGUUUGGCUGAUUACAUUUUUCAUUAAUAUCAACAGUGAAACAUUAAGCAUUGUUUAUUGGUUUUCUUAUAUUUACAUGUUCCUUCGUUUUUGAUUUGCCUACAGCAUCUUGUUUUCAGCAUUAUAGUCAUCAAUGUUUUGGCUCUAGUGUUUCGGGAUUAGAACCCAUGCAUAAAUUCACACUAUUCUGGGGAAAAAAUGACCAUUUCACAGCUUUUUGACAUUUGGAAUACUUGAAAACAAGGUUUUAAACUGGAUCUGGGGCGCUUCAACUCUGCAUGAUUCAGGUGGGUUUAGAUGCCAGACAAAGCUGUGAUAAAUAGCUAUUAUUAUUAUUAUAUAUUUGUUGUCAAAGUUCAUAAUAUGGGCUUUAAAGAAUCUAACCUAAAAUUUAAGAAACCAGAGAUUUUAAAAGAAAAUAACUAAUUUGUUAAAAAAUCCUCGCCAUGUCGCAGAAUCGGAAUCCGUAAUGCCUAAGUGGUUUUUACGUGGUAUCCAAAAUGUUAUAAAAACGGCUCAACAUGGAAGGUCAUUAAACACACAACAAAAUCUGUUUACCAAAGCUCCUUUCUUUCUUUACUAAUCAGGGAGCUAUUUGUGCAAUUUGUUGGGAAUGGUUGGUUAAUUUGAUCAAAAAUGUACUCCUUUGUGGAAAAAAUUUGUAGUGAAAUUAGUCUAAUUGAUAAUCAUUUAUUUGCUAUUAAAUGGCUUGAAUGCUUUUCUAUUUUUGAUAGGCAUGUGUUUGUAACCACAGCCUUUAAAAGAUUCAAAUGUGGACAUUUUUUUUCGUCAUUUUUGUUUUGUUUUUAUUGAAGCUUGGAGCUCCACAAUAUCCAUCCUGAUUUUAAAAUGAAAUGAAGUAAAAACGGACAUUGUGCCUCAGUUUGCAGACGCUGCAAAACAAAACCGUGUACAGAAAUGGAGCAGUGUUCAUUCAUGUCUGUGUUGUUAUUUGUUUUGCACUGAGGGUGUAUCAAGCAUGUGCUUACAAUGAAAUCCAUUUUAUUGCCAAUAUUACACAUUACUGUAAAUAUUUUCUUGUCUCAUUUCAUCCUCGUUGUAUUGACAUAUAAAACAAUAACUGCAUAUAUAAUAUGCGCGAAAAACCCACAGAUCUAAUACUUUUCCCCAAAUGUUGGACAGAUAAUAUAUCCUCCAGAAAACUUUUUUUUUAAUAAAGCCAAAAUGAUUUUAAGCUUUAAAUAAUCUAAGAUCAUUUAAGUAUCACUGAGCUUUUUUUUGUAUUUAACCAUUAUACAAACACUGAAAUAGGAUCAUUCUUAGUGAGAAAUAUUUAUGAAGAUCUAGAGCUAGAGGAUACAUU